CUCUCUCUCUCUCUCUCUUUCUCUCUCGUUGCGUUCUUUCCUUUUCUCUAACCCCCCCCUCCUCUGUUUCUUCUUUUUAUUUUAAGCCAGUAGGGACAAUUUAUUACAUACAAUCAAAACAUACAUUCAAGUGUACUGUAGCAAAUAUAUAUAAAGAAGAGAAAAUAACAUUUCAAAAUUGGUUUUUGCUUUUCCAUCGUAUACACGCACGGAUUUCAGAUAUCUACUUGGUCAUCAUCCCUAUUUUUCCUCUUCCUACUAUUACUACUACUACUGCCAUUACCUUGUUUCCCCCUUCUCUAUAUGCCGUUCCCGCCAAGCAGCCCCAACUCUUUUCCACAUUACAUUCUAAAUGAGGACCCUCGUUUCAUUGCGAUCCAUCAAAGCAUGAAAGAACAGCAGCAGCCGCAUUCGCUAAGCCGAUCCAAAAGCACCGGGUCAUCUUCAAUGGCCUACAACUCGACCAAUGUGCCUCCUCGUCGCUUGAGCUCAGGCUCAGCAUGCGAAGUAUGUCGUAAACGUAAAACAAAAUGUGAUGGCGGUAACCCCUGUGCGUUCUGCGCCGCCAACGGAAUUGAGUGCGUGCAUCGAGCAACGCGUCGGAAAAAGUCAUCCUUAGCCAUUGGCAGCACGACGUCAACGUUUGAUAAUCCAACGACGACCAAUAGUAGCCGAACUAUCGCCAUCACUAAUACAUCAACGAAUUUUGUCAGCAGAAAUCAUACUGCUGCCAGUAGUACAAGCAACUGUAGCAGUAACAGCAAUAAUAGUAACAAUAUCGAUUCCGUGAUGAGCGCUCGUGCUACUACAACUACUACAACAACAACAAUACCAACUGCUGCCGCUGCUGAUAUUACUCCUACUCCAUCUGCUGCUUCAGCAAUGGAUAUUGGCAGGACAGUACCACCAGGUAGUGCUGGUAUUAGUAUUGGCGAUAAUGCUGCUGGUACUGCUAUCAUUGGUGGAGCCCCUUCUUGGGUCAAGGAGCUAGAAGGUCCGAGCAGAAGCAAUCUUUCAAAACAGACCAGUUGCCCUUCGUUGAUCGUCACUACGCAUUGGUCACCUACAACUCCUCCCCCUCCGUCAUUAACGCCAAACGAUCAGCCCCGAGGGUAUAUCGCAGUCACCGCGGCCCAUCCAUUAGGUUCUGACAGUAGGAGAGUGCAUCGAGCAAAAGAGGAAAUACCAAGCAUGAUGGAUCAACUUUCAUGUCGGACUUUUUCCGCUGCAGCCUUUGUCGAUCAUCGGACAAACUAUCCUAUCUAUCCACUCUCCUCGUCAACGACGACAAGCAACCGGUCAGACAUCCGUGCGUCUUCAUCUUCAUCUUCAUCACCAUCAAGUACUUCACCUUCUUUUCGUGCUGACGCCCAAAACUUUUAAACCUUUGCUAAAAUUAUUUAUUUAAAAGACGAGCGAAUUCUCUCUCUUAUUUUCUUGUACACAAUAUGCCUUCUUUUUCUUUCCUUAUUUAUUAUGUACAUCCACAUCGAAAAAUCUUUAGCUACCUCCUUUUUUUUCUUAUACAACAUCAUAUAGGCCCCCUCUCCUUCUUCAUGUUCAUACUUACAUACUACUAUACACACUCAGAGAAAACUACACAAUGUUUAUUAUUUUCAUCCCAUGAAAUACAGCUUUUUUAUGAUGCAGCACCAUGAAUCAAAUGUAAGAUAAAAUAAUAAUAAAUUAU